AUGUAUGGUUUCCAUCUACCAAUACCACAUGUGUGGUUACCACUAUUUGUAAUUCGUCCUGAUGCAAACCCAUCUCCAUGGACUAGUCAGGGAAAUCCACUGCCCCCAUUUCACUCAUCAGUUUUCUCUCCGAUUGGUGCUCAGUCGACAAGUUCAAGCCAUGUGGAUGAAAUCCAACAUAUAUCACCCGAGUCUAUUGGAAAAAGUUUGUCUACGCCCUCCAUUCAUGAUACUGUUGAACCCAAUGAUGCUGAUCAGUCCGGGGAUACUGUUGAAGUCAAAGAUGCCGAUCAGUCCGUGAGUACAAAUACUAUGCAUACUGAAGGGGCCGAUAUCGUUGAGGAGUCAAAGAGUCAUAGGUUUGAGGAUGAGAGUAUUAGAUAUGUCACAUUGGGUUGUGCUUGUGGUGGGAAGACACGGAACAGUACGACAAAUGUCGCGAGGCCGCAUCCGACAUCAAAGACAGAAUGUAAGGCAAGGAUAAAUGUGAUGUUAGAAAAAGGGGUGUUGAAGGUAUCGAGUGUUAACAAUUUCCAUAAUCACAGCCUAAGUCCACAAAAAUCGAGGUUCUUUUGUUGCAAUAGAGAAGUGAGCGAAUCUGUUAAAAGAGUGCUAGAUAUAAAUGAUCAGGCUGGGAUCAGAAUGAACAAGAGUUUUACCUCUCUUGUUCAAGAAGUAGAUGGGUUUGAGAACUUGCCAUUCGCUGAAAAAGACUGCCGUAAUUACAUUGACAAGGCACGCCACCUUUGA